CGCUGCACCAUGGUGCUCGGUGGCAUCCCAAUUUCAGCCUCCGCUUUUGGGUUGAAUCGUGGCCGCUCUUUUUCUCUUUGUUCCAACCACCUUGUUAUAUGCGACCUCAUUCCGUCACUUCUUCCGCCACAGAGAAUAAAAUAUCUCCUUGUCUGUCUAAUGACACUUGUCAGACGAGUGACCAGCCUCAACUUGGCGAUAAUUCAAUCCCACCUCCUGCUCAUGACCUCUCCGACACUUUGGUGACGCCCUGGAAGAGUGCGCCCAGUCUCCAUGAAGCAUCUGCUACAGCCGGCUUGCACCCCAACACUGAACAGCAAGCCAACGCCAUACCAUCCUCAAUGUCAUCCUCCAAACCUGAUGGGGUCCAUGUAGCUUCAAAUACCAUUCAGUCGCCCAAGACGCCUAUUACCCAACGUAUACGGCGCUUCUCGAAUUCCCGCCCCAGUCCACCCACCAACCCGCCUUUGCAGCCACAACCACCCCAACGUACCUGCGAAGGCGUCAUUAUUACCAAUGUGAUGAACAAAGAAUACGAUCCAGCCACCGGAAACAAAAUUAUCAACAAAUACAUGAUCAUUAAGGAAAUUGGACGCGGUGUUCAUGGCAAAGUCAAAUUAGCCCAAGAUAUCCAAACAUCCGAACUCGUGGCGAUCAAGAUUGUAGAUCGACGCAAUAGACGACGGCAGAUGGGGUACAGUCUUUUACGCGGCAACAGUCAACGUCAUUUAUGGCCCGAUGAAAUGGGGAAAAAAGGUGAUCCGCCUCAUUACAAGGAGAAUGAACAGAAAAUACGCCGCGAAAUUGCCAUCUUGAAAAAGUGCUCGCAUCCAAACGUCGUCCGCUUACGCGAAGUCAUUGAUGAUCCAGCCAGUCGCAAGAUUUACAUGGCCUUGGAAUAUACCGAAGGCGGGGAAAUUGAAUGGAGAGACGAGAACGAGAAUCCCGUGCUUUCCAUGGCAGACACCCGGCGCUUCUUUCGCGAUGCGGUGAGCGGCCUAGAUUAUUUACAUUAUCAGGGCAUUAUCCAUCGAGACAUUAAACCCGCCAAUUUACUGUUGACCAAAGAACACGUUGUCAAGAUCUCAGAUUUUGGCGUUUCCUACUUUAACGAGUUAUUGGCCGGCAAUUACACGCAUGGCGACCCUUCCAAAGACGAUAUCACCAUCAUUGAUCGAGAACUGGCAGAAACAGCAGGAACUCCGGCGUUUUUCGCUCCUGAACUUUGUUGUGCGGGCGAUUCUCAAAAAGUAAGCAUGGAUGAUAGCGCAGAAACUGCGGCGAUAGAUGAACAUGCGCGUUCCACACGUCGACAUUCGCGCCUAUCACGUCCACGAGUCACCAAAGCCAUUGAUGUAUGGGCUCUAGGCGUCACUCUCUAUUGCUUUGUAUUCGGUCGAUGUCCGUUUACCGCCGCCACCGAAUUUGAACUCUUUGAUAUUAUUCCCACCGUGCCACUGACAUUUCCGGAUCCCGCCGAAACUGGUGUAUACAUUGAUGACGACCUCAAAGAUUUGCUGCACAAAUUAUUGACCAAAAAUGCCGAUGAACGGAUUACCUUGGAUGAAGUCAAGCGACAUCCGUGGGUCAUUGCUGACCUUGAUGAUCCUGAGGUUUGGUGGGAAGAGGCCGACCCAAGAAAGCAUCAGCCCGUCCAAGUGACCGAUCAGGAAGUGACGGAUGCAGUCACCAUGAUGGAUCGACUGCGCAAAUCUUUUCAGAAACUGUCAACUUCAUUUUCGAGUCUUACUCAGGGCUUAACGAGACGACGCGGGAAACACGGUCCACCAUCGUCCAAGGGGAAAGAUACCCACCACAGUCCGUCCUGGCGAAGGGUGUCUUACCAACCAAGUACGCAACAUCAUCAACAAAGAUUAUCGGUGAUUUCCGAAGCAGCGAAAUCUUUGCCUUUGCUGCAUGCCAAGCCCAAUUACUCCACGUCCACCUUGCCUUAUCCGCCUCUUUCCCCUGCAGAUCCACCCACUACCAUGGUUACUUAUGACGUACAUCCUGUCAAUCCCUCCAGUAUUUCCGGACCCUUACCAGAAUCGCGUCCUCAGCCUUCGCUACUGCGCCCCAUCUCCAGUUUUUCGGACGAAACAUCGUGGCCUUCCUACCACGAGAUUGACGAAUCAGGCGAAGAAGACGAGGUUCCGCAUUGGCCGGCUACCAGUGACUAUUGCCAACGUCCUGAACUGGAUCAGAAACUCCAGUCCGAGUCAUCGUCGUCUGGGAUGGCCAUCACAUUUGGUCGUUAUCGCGAGAGCUAAGUUCUCUGAAUUAGCCCGGUGCGGUCGCUGUCAUGACAGCUGACUUUGCUAUCUACUUUUUUUAUAUCCAAUUCUUUCCCUCGCCAUUUAAUAUAAUGACUAACACACAUUUAAUAUGCACCAAGAAAAAGUAUCUAAUAUCCAUUUGCGCAAUUCCCUCCCUCCCCUUCCCUUCUCCAUUACCCGCCUUCCUUAUACCUGCUAUUGUCAAUCAUCAGCAGAGUGGUACGCAUUCGCAGCAUUUAUCCUUUCUCCCACCCAUCUCAUUAGUUAUCAUCUAUAAGAGUAAUAAAAAAAGUGAAAUUCCCGAUUCCGGAUGGCGGUU